AUGACAUCAAUUCAACCAAAAGAAGAAAAACUUCCAUUUCAAGGCGAAGAUAUUUCUCCGAAUCGAGAUAAUGGUCUCCAUGAUGAUAAACCAUUGUUCGAUGAUCAAGUUUUUAUUCAUUAUGUUGGAAGCGAACUUGAUGGAAAAAUCUUUGUCAAUAGUCGAGAUCGAGAUGAGAAAUUUAGUUUUAGUUUAGGUAAAGGAGAGGCUAUUCCAGCUUGGGAUCUUGGUGUAGCUACAAUGAAACGUGGAGAAAUUGCUCGAUUUUUUUCCAUACCGAAAUAUGCUUAUGGUUCAAAAGGAGAAAAAAAAUAUCGAUCUGCUACAAAUGUCAUCUUCGAAAUAGAGUUAUUAGAUUUUGUCGGAAAAGAUUUAAGUGAUGAAAACGAUGGAAGUAUUAUUAGACGAAUAAUUCGUCGAGGUGAAGGACGUAAACCACCCAAUGAAGAUGGAACAGUAGAAAUAAAGCUCAAAGGAAUCUAUCAAGACAAUGUAUUUGAUGAACGAACUGUUCAAUUUAUUGUUGGAUUGGCUUUUCUUCAACAUAUUCCUUUAGGUGUUGAACGUGCUGUUUGCAAAAUGCUUCUCAAUGAACAUUGUCAUUUAGUUUUAAAAGCGAAAGCACUUAAAGGUUUGGAAAAACUUUCGAUUCCAAUGGAUGAAUCUGUUCAAUAUGAAAUAACAUUGGUUAAAUUUGAACGAUUGGAAGAGGAAGGAUCGUUAAGUGAUAAAGAAAAACUUCAACAAGCAGAACUAUUAAAGACACGAGCUGAUGAUCUUGUCAAAAAUAGUUAUUAUGAACUUGCUGCGAAAAGAUACCAAAUCAUUGCAAAUCUUCUUUCAUCAGCAACAUUUCGAGAUAAGAAUGAUUCAGCUAAAUUACGACAAUUAAAAAUUGCUGCACAAUCAAAUUUAGCCUUAUGUUAUUUAAAAUUAGGUGAUUAUCGUCAAUGUAAAACUUUUUGCGAUAAUGCAUUAGCUUUGGAUGCUAGAAAUGAAAAAUGUCUUUUCCGUCGUGGUCAAGUUUAUUUAAAUUUUUCGAAUUUUGAACAAGCGAUCAAAGAUUUUCAAACUGUUCUUAAGAUUAAUCCAUCUAAUGUUGCUGCUCAACAACAAAUUGAACACUGUCAACAACAACAAAUUAAACAAAAGGAAUCAUAUAAAGCCUUUUUUAAUGAUACAUCCAAACCGGGUCUGUUCGACACCGACGAAAAAGUUUGA